AUGCAAUCCAAGAUUAUAAGCACUCCUGGAUUUGCUGAUUCUGUUCAGGGUGUUGUCCUUUAUUUUGAUAGUGAACAACCCAAUAGCUUAAAGGUAGUUGAUGAAUGGUUAGUUCUGUUGAAAGAAUACCAACCUGAUAUAAAAAUUUUGGUUUGUGCUCAAUGUAAAGAGAAAUCUGAAAAAGGCAUUAAUAAGCUUCAAGUUCAGGAAUUUUGCCUGAAAGAAGAGUUUGAGUUAGUUGAACUUGAUCCUGUUACAGAUGUUGAUGAUGAAUGUGACUCUGAUGAUUUUCCUGAAGCUACAGGCAUAAAAAGAGUUUGUCAAGCAUUAGAAGCACACAUUUGGCCUAAUUUAAUUUUAAAGAACCGUAAAGAACCAACAUGCAUGGCUAACCUUUUAAAUGGGGGUGUAUGCAGAAGUACUGGAUUGGAUUUUGAUGCUGCAUCUUAUAUACCUGGGGAAGAUAAUAUUGAACCUAGUUUAGAAGAUAUCUGUGACAGGGAAAAUGUUGAAUUUUGUGAACUUUUUAGCCAACUCGCAUCAAUGAAGGAAAGGGCUUCCAUUAUGCCCAGUAAUGAAAGGAAGGCAUAUGCAGAGCAACUAGUUUUGGCUUACUGGAAUGCGUUAGGUGGAGAUGAGGAUCAAAUUCUUGACUGUUAA